AUUAUCACUAUGCGACCUCGCAAAAUUUUAAGAAAACCAACAAAGUCUUCACAAAAAGUUUCAGUGAAUGCUUUGCGUGUGCAGGAGCCAUCCUUGCGCGAUGUGUAUAUUAAAGCAUGUGUAGAAAACGGAAUUCAUGUAAAUAGUGGAAUCGUUGCGAUACUUCCGGACAAACCAAGUAUGACUUACCUCAGCGAAACACUUGACUUUAGCAAUAAUUAUAUUGGAGACAGAGGCAUCCUUCCCCUUCUAGCAGUGGUUGAGAAAUUGCAUAAUCUCAAGGCAAUUCUGUUUGUGGAGAAUGGUCUCCGUAAUAAAGGCAUUGAUGCGCUGUGUACCGGUGUAGCAAACCACCCCAGCCUUGAGCGCAUUGAUUUAUCGGGCAACUGUAUCAGUGAGGGUGCGGCGUUAAGUUUGGAAGGACUUCUUCGCACCAACAAACGCAUUGUGGAUCUCGCUAUCAAUCGUAGCAAAAUUAGUGUUGAGUGGCGAGUUAAGUUGAAGGAUUUGAUCGCUUUAAACCGUAGCACUCAGGUUACUCAUGAAAUAGUAGAAGGAAGCGCAAUGCCGUCGCUGUGAAAAGAGAAAGCUGAGGUGUUUAGACACCUUAGUGGCUUGAAUUCGCGACAUAAACUUACCGUUCUGCUUAUACAUCAAAUUCAGUCAUGCAAAGUUAGUGAAAGUUAUGUAAAUGUUGUUUUUGGCAAUGCGUGCUUUGAUUUUUUUAGCAAAGUGAAACGAAAAGAGGGGAGGGGAAGAAUCGAAUAUAAAGACCCUAUUGU